UGUCUGCCCCAAAUGGGACGACCUUUCAACUGAAGAUAUUUUGAUGCAUUAUUUUCGUAUUGUAUUCGUUUUAAAGAUAUUUAGGUAUAUGUCAGUAAUUACAGAAGAUGUGAUGUUUUGAAGAGCAACAAUGUCAUUGGCAGCAUUCGACAGGUUUCGUAAGGGCUUCAGUGCUUCUGGAAGCUCUGGCGGAAAUGAUGAAGGGGACACCUCCUCAGACAACUCAGUCUCUUCUCAAGCCUCAAACUCGGGGCUUGCCUCCGCUCCACAGAUAUCUAAAAUACUGCAGGAUGUUAUUGAUUGCAUUGAGAGCCUGAAGUCUGUAUUUGAGGAUGAUGGGUCACCAAUUGAUGACAAUAACCAGACCCUGCACCGUUUUUGCGCAAAACUAGAGUACCUACUCCAGGCAGAUAUGAAAGACAAGAAGACCCUUACUGGGCGCAAGAAAGACUACUGGGAGUACUUCUGUGAGUGUCUCAGUCCUCUCAAGGGUGUGAAUGACGGCAUCAAGUAUGUGAAGACCACUGGGGAUUGUAAGACAUCCCUUGGUAAAGGAAGGGCAUUCCUGAGAUUCUGCCUGAUGCACCACAGGCUGGCAGACAGCUUACAGGCCUGCUGCACUAAUGGAAAAGUCACCAGUGGCUGGUACCUGCCCAAGUCAUUAUGGCUACAGCAUGAGAGAAGUAGUGCCAUCCUCAGUGCUCUAUAUGACCUCAAUGACCUUGUGUUCGACCUUGCACCCAGAGGUUACGACCUUGACAACUCUUGGCCGUCCUUUGCAAGGAAGGGGAAUGAAGGUUCCCAUGGCUGGGCGUUGAACGAGAGAGCCAGGACCAUGAGUAUCUCAAGUCUCACUAGCAUUGAUACCCCAACCAAGGCGCCCAUGUCUUCUACCCCCAUUGAGACAAGCCACAUGGAACAGCACCUGGCCCAGGAACUCUCCAUAUCAGAGAACGCCAGGUCUGAGCUUGAGGACAGAAUGGAAGCUCUGGAGCAGCAGAAGUCAUUAUAUCAGCAGUCUGUGGCCGAAUCACGUGGCCAGGUCACUUCUCUUGAAACACAACUCACGUCUUUAAAUGCAGAGCUGAAGGAACUCCGCCAGGAGCACCAUACACUGGAGAAAAAGUAUGACAAGCUGCAAAUGGAGACAGAGCUUCAACAGAGGGAGAGCCAGUCUAAAGAGACCGGAAUGGAGGCUCGUUUCGAGGUUCUGCAUGGGGAGAAAGAGGCCCUGGAGGAGAAGAUUAAUCAGCUGGGUGAGGACCUGCAGCUGGCACAGGAGAACCUCACCAUCACCACAAGUGAACGAGAUAGCCUAAAACAAGAGGUCGCCAGGCUCGUGGGUGAAGUUGGAUCCCUAGAGGAGGCCGGUCAAGGUACUGUGUCUGUGGACAAGCUGCAGGCAGUACAGGCUGAGAAAAGUCAAUUAGAGGAAAAGCUUAAGACCGUGUUAGAGGAGAGCUCAGAGCAGUCCCGCCAUCUGUUGGAAGUUCAGGAAGAGUUGCACGAACAAGGGAGCCAUGUUGCAAGCCUAGAGAAGAAAAUGUCUGCCCUUACAACUGGCUACCAGUGGCUCAACAUGCUUAAUACAUCUGCAGACUUCUCAGAGAUUCCUGACCUGGACUCCACUUCUACUCUUAUAUUGAAGGAUGUCUCUCACUUGGUUCUGAAUAUAAAAGAGAAGAUAGCUAACACAACUGCUGAGAAGGACAAACUGGCAGAGGAAUUGAAGGCACUUGGUGCUUCUAAUUCUGAACUGAAACAGCAGGCAACAGGUAGCAAAGAAAAGGUUGCUACAAUGGAAUCGUUUAUGACAAAGCUGCAGAAUAAUGAGGAUGAAAUGAGGAAGAGGGUGGCGACUUUGGAAGAGGCACUACAGGCUAAAGAAGAGGAGUUAAAACAAGCUCAUCAUUGCAGUGAGACCAGUAGUAGAAGCACCUCUGAGCUUCAAGAUAUGUAUGUUAAAUUGGAAGGUGAAAAAGAGAAUUUAGUUAAGAUGUUGUCUUCCAAGGAAGAAGAAAUUGAAACCAACUCAAAUGAAAUAAAGAGACUGUCUCUUCAGUUAGAUGACAAAAGCAAAGAGUUUGAUGAGCAGCUUCGAAAACUGCAGAGUAUGACACAAACUUCAGAAGGCCAAGAAAGGGUGAAUAAUGAAAAUAGAAUUACAAUAACAAAACUUGAACAAGACCUUGAAGAAGUUAAAAAGGGAAAUGAAUCAUUGCAAAAAGCAGGUGAUGAAUUGAAGUUGAGUUUGACACAAAGGGAACAGCACAUUGCUACAUUAGAAAAGGACAUUGAUGUUAAACUGAAAGAAAUUGAAGUGUUACUCUCUGAUAAAAGUAAAACUGCAACUGAGUUGAAAGAAAAUCAAGAUAAACUAUAUGAAAAACAAAGUGAAGUUCUCCUUUUGAAUGAAAGGUUAGAGAGAAGUCAAGAAGAAGUUGAAAGAACAAAACAGUUCUAUGAAGCUACAGCAAAGACUGAAUCUAAUCUCUCAGAGAGGUUUAAAGCACUUGAAAAUAGUCUUAAUGAGAAAGACAAAAGAAUUUCUGAGCUUAGUGAAAUAGAAAAGUCUUUGUUAGUUGAAAAUAGCAAAACACAACGUGAUAAAGAAGAUUUGGAAAAAGUGUUAGCAAAAUAUAAUGAAGACAUGGAAUAUUUAAAGAAGGGCUUUAAUGAUAAAGAGAGCAAAAUAGAUGGCUUAACAGGAUUGGUUACAGAACUAAAUAGUGAGAAAGAAACUCUGUUGAGGAAAGUUAGUGGACUAAAUGUUAAGAUUGAAGAAAUGUCUAGUGAGCUAAAUAAAGAAAAGAAUCUUCUUGAGGAGAGUUAUAAUGAACAAAAACUUCUUCAAGAGACUGUGAUUGAGAGUAAAUGUCAAGCUGAUAGCAUUGAUAUGGAAAAUCGGAAAUUGGAACAAAAGCUGUUCGAUAUAGAACAAAAGCAUAUUACUUUAAACAAAACUAUUGAUCAAAUGACAGUUGACUUUGAAAAUGCUGUCAAGGAGAAGGAAGAAUUAGAGGAUAAAGUUUCUAAAUUGGAACAUGAUCAAAAAGACAAUGAAAGUAAAAUUAACACUUUGAAUAUGGAAGUGGAAAAAAUUAUGCAAGAAAAAGAUGAUUUGAAAAGUCAACAGCAUGCAAGUGAGUCUUUAAUUGCUGAAAAGCAAGAAGAAAUAUCCAAUUUUGAGCUGAAUUUAGAUGUUUUAACAAAAGAUAAUGAGGAAAUGAGAGGAAAAAUGAGUCAUUUAGAAAGUACUUUUCAAAAAAGCAAUGAAUCAAACAACGAUUUGAAAUCUAAACUUGCCACUUCAGAAACUGAGGUUCAGACAGCAAAAGAGCAAAUUAAUCAGUACGAGAUAUUGCUGAAAGACGCGCACAGUGAAAGUAAAACUCUUAUGAGCAAAGCACAGGAGUAUGAAAAAGAAUUGUCUGAGUGCAGAAAUGAACUGGAUGAAAAAAUAAUUGAGGAUAAGCAGCUGACUGAAGAGAAUAACAUGCUAGUUAAGCAGCUAGGAGAUGUGAAGUCAAGGUUAGUUGAAAAGGAGGAUGAGAUAACGUUUCUUAGUCAGUCACAUGAGGAACUGAAGAGUAUACAUUCAGAAAUUGAAAGUGGAAAAAAUGACAUGGAAAAGACAUGUCAGAGACUUUCUGAUGACAUUCUGGUUUUACAAGAGAAAGAAUCGAAUAAUGUAGACGCUAUCAAAAAGCUUGAAGAAAGUGUUCAGAAACUGGAACUGGAAAAGGAAAGUGUUCAUGGAUCAUUAUCUCUAAAAUGUGUCGAAAUAAAUGAGCUACAGGCCCGGUAUGAUGAUUUCCAAUCAGAAAAUGCGUGUCUGGUUCAGGAGUAUGACCUACUGCAGCAGACAUUCAAUGAUCUCAAGGAAACCGAAGAGGUUGUAAGAUCUAAAUUAUCUGAAAUGACAACAAGUCGGGAUGAAGCAAGAGCUGAGGUUGACAGUUUGCAACAUAGUUUGAAUGAAGUAAAAAGUAAAUUAAAGGAAACUUCAGAUGAAAAGGAUGAGAUUGAACAAAAUAAAGCUGAUUUGGCAGCUGAAAUUGAAAGAAUACAAGUCAUUUUGCAAGAAAAGGAAGAUGCUAAGAAAAAGGUUGAAAAUGCAUAUGAUGCUAUCUGUGUUGAAAAAGAAAAGCUUGAAGUGCAAUUACAUGACACAUUGCAUGAGCAUGACACAAAAUUGUCAGAGAUUGAGGCUUUACAACAGCAAGUAACGGAAGCAAUGAACAGGUUAUCUGAGAGAGACAGCUGUAUUGAAAAUUUAGAAAGUUCUCUUGGUGAGUCAUCUGAAACUGUUACAGAAUUGGACGGGAAAGUAAACCAGCUUUUAGAUGAGUUAAAGUCUAAGAAUGAUUCCCUUGCACAGCUGAGAACUGGUAUUGAGGAAAGUAGAGAGGAGAAUCAACAACUGAAAUUGAAAAUCUCUGAGGUGAGACAGAGUGAAACAAAGCUUAGAGAAGCUUUACAUUCAUCAGAACAGAUGUACUCAGAGAUGCAGAAUAUUGCAUCUGAAAAAUCAAAUGAGCUAGAAAAUCUACAGGUUUCGGAAAGAAAAUUGCAAGCAGAAAUCAAGGAAUUGGAAAGGGACAAAGAACAGGUUUUGACUGAUUUGAGAUUAGAGAAAACUGAGAAAGACACUUUGCAAAAUAAGAGUAGUAAUGACUAUGGAAUUAUAAAUGAGUUAAAAGAGACAUUAGACGCACAGAGAGAUCAGUGCAGAGGAGAAAUUACAAGGCUUGAGCAAGAAAUACAAGAUUUACUGUUAAAGGAAAAUACAAUAAUACAGGAAAAGAAUGCUCUUUCAAAUAAAUGUGUAGACCUCGAGGCAAAAAAUGAGGAUUUACAUACUAAGUCUGAAGAGCAUGAAGUUACAAUAAAAGGCUUUGAAAAUCAGGUCAGAAUGUUGUCUGAAGAAAGCUCGACAUUGCAAACAUGUAAUGUUGAAUUAGAAGAUGUGAUUAAAAGUUUGAAAAGUAGAAUAGAAUCAGCAGAAAAAGAGAAAGAAAGUUUGAAAGACGAAAUAAAUCAGUUACAAAUUGUUGUGCAUGAAAAAGAGAACAGUUUCUUGUCAGACACACAUAAAUAUAAAGAAGAUUUAGAGAAUAUGCAGCAGCAACUAGAGAAACUUAAUACAGAAAUUGAAUCUCUAACAGCUUUAAAUAAGAAGCUUCAAGAGGAAAAUGAAGAUGUUGAGUCUAAGUUUUCAAAUUUGAAGGAAGCAUUAGAUGAUGUUAACAUGAAGCUUGAAGCUGAACAAGACUCAAACGAAGAAAAAAUCACUGAAUACAGAGGUAACUUGGCUGCUCUACAGACUGAAGUCCAAAAUCUUACAGAUGAAAAUGAUGAAAAGGGUAAACUCAUUCAGGGCAUGAAAAAUGACAUAGAUACCGAAGUAUCUGAAUACAAGGAUAAGAUAGCAAGUCUUGAAGAGAUAAAUGACAAACUUUCAGCAACUGUCAACAUGUGUGAAACUACCAUUACUGAUUUGGAAAACAAGCUUGUUGAAGAAAGCAACAAUUAUCAAGAAGAAAUAGAACAAGUGAAGGCAAUACUAUCAGAAACUAAUGAAGCAGUGUUGGACUUACAAAAGGAAUUGAAAAGCUAUCAAGAUGAGAAGGAGGAUUUGUUAAGUCAAAUUAAAUCACUUGAAGGUGAUUUGUCAGAAAAAGAAAACGUAGUUCAACAGUUUUCUGACAAAAUUACUGUUAAUGAAGACACACUGAAAGAGCUUUAUGAAAAGGUACAGAAAGCUGAUUUCAAAGAAACUGAACAGAAUACUUUGAUCACACAAUUUGAAAGUAAAAUACAAGCUCUGGAAACUGAGCUUGAGCAGAUAAGAAAUGAAAAAGAAUCACUUCAGAUGGAAGUAGCAAGCAUGGAAAAUGAACUAGAAUCAACAAAGGCAGCCUCUACAAAAAAUGAAGCUAAGUUGAAUGAGAUAACCAUGGAAAGAGAGAAAAGUGCACAAGACAGUGAAGCAGAGUUGGACUCACUUAGACAAGAGAUAACAGCAUUGGAGUUUCAGCUGAGCUCUAAUCAAUUGGAAUUUGAACAAAAUCAACAAGCUGCAGCUGAGACAAGUCAGUUUGGUGAGAUGAAAGAGAAGGUCUUGGAGCAGGAGACAUUGAUAGAACAACUACAGACAGAGAUGGGAAGUCUGAGGGAGAUUGCUGGCAGAUGUAGAGAACAGGAACAGCAGAUUGAGCAACUGAAGGAAGAAUUACAGAUGAAAGUUGAUGAGAAUGAGGACUUGGCAUCACAAAUUGAUGAGGUGAAGCAGAACUUGCAAAAAGAAAUGAGUUCUUCUUUAGUUGUUAAGGACAGUCUGGGUGCGGAGAUGGAGAAGACAGAAGAACAGUUGAAAGAGAAGGACGAUGAGAUCUCCCAGCUGCGAGCCGACCUUGACCAGUUGAAGAAAAAACUAGUACAGCUCAUACGAGAGAAGGACACCCUGUGGCAGAAGACAGACCUGUUGACAUACCAGCGUCGUCUGCAAGCGUCUGAGAAGUGGAUGGAUGAUGGCAAGGUCACACACUGUCUGACCUGCAACACAGAGUUCUCCUUCACACUUAGAAAGCACCAUUGUCGUCUGUGUGGGCGAAUCUUCUGCCAUAGCUGUUCUAGUAACUGGGUGUACACUGCAUCAUCAAGCAAGAAGAGUCGUGCGUGUCACGAGUGUUAUGAGCACUACCAGGCAGCCUUGAAGGGCCACUCCAACCCCAGCCCCACUCCUGGAGAAGAGGGGGGAGAACAGGAGGAGAGUGUCGUUCUGCCCCACCGACAGGUCUUGGGUGUUGCCUCACCCCCCUCAAACCUCUCUGACAGCAUGGCAUCGUCUGCUACUUCCCUCGAAUGUGAGGGAGGGGACGAUAACAGCCCCCAGGAUGAUGUCAAUGGAGUCUCCAGAAAUUUGGGGUUCGAAGGACCUGCUCUACCUCCAGACCCCACUCCAUCCCAGCUGAACACGUCGGGGGAGACAGGGGGAAAUGAGACAGAUGAGGAGAAGCUAAAGGAUAGCGUUGCUGUAGCUGGGGCAGUACAGGGACCUGGAAGUGAUGAGAGAGGGGACAGUAGUGAAGACAGAUUUCAUCUUGUGUCUGAUGACGAGAUCCAGCGAUCCAUCAGUAUGAGUGGUGACCAUGAAUUUGAGGCCCCACUUGAUCCCAACAUGACAAGUAGUAUGUGUAUCCCCCUGGAGGAGCUGGAACGAGGGGAGAUUAACAGCAAGAAUGAGGUCUGGAUAAAAGCCGGGAAGUCAUACGCAGUUCCCGUCCUUGUCUCCACACUCAAUACUCUCUUUGGAUGGGAGUUCACAUCAUACCCCAAGGAUGUGGUAUUCAGUGUGAACUAUCGACCCAGCCUGGGUGUGGCUGUAUCUGAGGGCCAGGAGUUAGUUCCCCCCUGUAAGUGUGACUCCCAUAAACAGGCUGUCCGAGGGGAACUGGCUGCCAAACAGCUGGGAGUAUACACCCUUGUGUUCGACAACACUUACUCAAAACUGACGUCCAAGCGUGUGAACUACUCCCUAUUCUCCAGUAAGCAGAGGCAAGACUCAGACUGAGGAUGGAGUGUAUUGAUGUAGCCAUGAAUGAGGGGCGUUCAAUUAGCAUAUAAGUAUAUGGAGAAAAAUUAUACAGCAAACAAAGGGCAGACACCUACUUAAGGAUGAGAUGGAUGGAUGUAGCCAUGAAUGAGGGCAUUUUAUAAACAUAUGAGUUUAAGGGGAAAAGGUUAUACAGUGAAUGGAAGAUAUAUUGGAAAGAUCAAUGACUGUGAUUAAUGUGCAUGAGGGGUGUUCUAUAUACAUGUACAUAUUAUUAUCUGGAAAACAUUUCUACAGUAGCCAGCAGACAUUUACCAGCCAAUAUAUGGAAAGGCUCAUUGAAAUUAAUCAAGCACAAGGUGCAUUCCAUAACACCAAAAAAAUAUAAUGGAAAGUCAUAAUACAGUAAACAUUAAGACUGACUUGGACUUUUAAAACGUGUUAUGAUGUGUUUAAGGAAAAAUUGUUCUUCAGUAAACAUAGUCAAGUUACUGACUUUGAUAUAGGAAGCAUGGCAUUGAGUUAAAUGUAAUGAUAUUAUAUCCAGAAAAUGGAAAAUGUGACUACAUUUAAAACGCCCCUCAUUUUACUCAUAGGAAAUGUUACCUGCAUAGUGCACAACUUUUUCAUGAAAUAUCAUGACUUUACUUAAAGACUUAAGAGAGGCUUAUUUAUGUAAAGUGAGAGUUUUUUUUAAGGAAUGGCUGUCCAAAUAGUUCCUUAGUAGUUUAAUACUGAUAUGUAAUAGAAAAAAAAUGGGUUGAACACUCACAAAAAGUUUACAUGUGCCAUAACCUUGUUUACCUGUAAAGAAAAUGAUGUUAAUAAUGAAGUUAAGGCCGCUGUUUCCUUAUUGUAAAUGUUUAUAUAAAGAAGAUAGUUGUGCUUUAGUUUCUGUCGCCGAAUGUAUAAAACUGGUUGACGCUUUGGUUUGGUCAAAAUUAACCAAAAUGUCAAUGAAUUGGUCGAUAUUUAUUCAAAUAUUGACCAAUCAGAUCAAGUAUUUAUUUACUUUAGACAAGCCUUAAAUUAACAUGUGAAAAUCAAAGUUGUAUUCCAUUGGCUGCUUAAGUCAAGUGACAUUUUUGUAAAAUGAUUUUGUUGAUGAGAAAAUGGGUUGUGAUCAUGUACAUAAAUGCAUGUUUGUUUGUUAUUUUAUUUCUUUAAGCUGUUUAUGCCUUCUUCCAAUACAAUGUAUGUCAAAGCACAGUUAUGUCAGAUCUUUAGCUUUUGAAUGAUAUGUUUUUAUUUAAACCAUUAAAGCUGCACUCUCACAGAUAUACCAUUUUUACAACUUUUUUAUUUUUUGUCUUGGAAAGAGCAAUUUUUUGCGUAAAUAUCUGCAAACCAAUGAUAAAAGAUUGCUGACAAUAGAUCAGAUUGCAGAUUUUCAUAUUUCCGUUCGAAAAUUAAUGUUUUAUGGCUUAAACCGUUACUAACAGUUUUAAGAAAAAUGCAUAAAACAUCAAUUUUGAAUUUAAAUAUAAUAAUCUGCCAUUUAAUUUUUUGUCAGCAGUCUGUUAUAACUGGUUUCCAUGGAUUUUCGCUAAAAUUAGCUCGUUCCAAGACAAAAAGUAAAUAAAGUUGUCAAAACGUUCAAUCUGUGAGAAUGCAGCUUUAAGAACACUGGAAUGUGAAGCAUUUAUACUUUUAUUCAAGGAUUCUGUCAUUUUAAAAUCACUUUUCAUUUAUAAGGGUUUUAGCUGAAAAAGAGUUAUGGAAGGUUGCUGCACCCUGUCCUUCUUCAGUAGCACCCUUCUGCCCUCAUGGAGACCAGCAUGUGUACCCUUUUUCCUUUAUAGAAAUAAAUCUCCCAGACUCUCAAAUAUCUAUUUUGUAUUGUUUAAUACUUUAAUAGAAUAAGAUUAUAAAUACAUACACACUUGACAUAUCUGGCAGUUGAAACCUAAUAUCACUUCAAUUAAAACAGGAUUUCUAACAUUUUUUGCAAAAUUUUUAAUUUUAAGUUCUUCAUAGCCUGAUUCAAUGUGACAUUUUCUCUCUUAGCAUCAUGUUCUUUUUCUGCAGCACCUUAUCCUUUUAAAUCCGGGCUAAAACCCUUAUUUAUAUAACCUGAGGACUGACUAAAUUUAAUCUGGUCAAACAGGAGACCGGUAGUUGAAAGUAAUGUUGGUGAAUGUAUUUUGAUUAUCUUGUCUGCAUUUAGUCAAGUCAUUGACAUAUCAUUGACAUUCCUGUAAUGAGUUAAAUUCAUUCAUAUUCCAAUUUAUAUGCUACUUUCAUUGUUAUAAAAAAAUGUACAUCAACAGUUUUAAUAGAAGUGUGUCUUUUGUACAUGACAUAAAUGAAAUGAAAUUUCUUUUUUUUUAGCCUGAAUAUUAAUUUUGCAUAUGCAUGUUAUUUUAGCCUUAGUUAAACUGGGCAGAAACCAGUACUGUGUCCUUUUUGAGAGGCCAUGAGAAAGUACCCCUAGUGGGGAUCGAACCCCUAGUGGGGAUCGGACCCACAACCUGUUGGGUGAGAGGCGGGUACCAAUACCACUAGACCACUCUCACAUUGUAAUUCUUAUAGGAUUUUCCUGAAAAAAUAUUCUAUUUAUUCUUACUGAAACACUUGCAUCAGAUCAUGAUAUUUUUCCUAGAGUGGCUCCUUAACAUCUACAACUGAACCUUUAAAGAUGUACUCUUACUCCCAAAUAAGACUUACCACAUUUAAUAAUAUUGUUUUAAUAUUCCAAAAAAGAUAAAUAAAGGUCAAAAACAAUAGUUCAUAUGAAGGAAACCGAGUUUUAUUUGAACGGAAUGAGCAUAAAGCAUGGUAUUUCUACCUUAUGAGACUAUAGUAGACCACAGUAAAUCUUUUAGCAUUCACCAAUCAUUUAAUAUUUUUUUGCUUUUUCUGCUAUAAGAUACACGGUAACAAUCUUUUUAUCAGUAAUUAAUAUUUUCCAUAGUUGCAUUAUUUAGUAAGUAUUUAAAGGUUUAACAGGGAAAAUUGAUGUUUGUUAAACAUGUGUAUGUAUUGAUUUUAAAUAAACGUGUCACUUUAUUUUUGAUACCCCAUUAUUAAAUAAUAGUGUCAAAGAUUGAUGAUUACAGAUCAAAAGACCUAAAUAUGGUAUAAAACUUUUAAAUUUUGUGAAAUUAUUCUGUAUUUUUGUUUGCUAAUAUAUUUUAAGAAAAAAAAUCAAUACUCAAUAUGUAAUUGUCAAUAUUUUCAUAUAUUUAUGUACAUAAAUAUAUAUUUUCAUUUUAUGAUUGUAUUUGUUAAUUUGAUUGUGUUUUAUUUUGUGUGCAAUAUAUUUUUAAUAUUAUUUACUUUUGAGGUAUAAAUUUUUAAAAGCUGAAUUUUACAUCAUGAUAUGUUGGGUUUAAACCAGUGUUUCUUUUGUAUUAUGUUAAAUCUUUUGUUUUUGAAAUAAUGCCAUAACUUAGCGUCUUAAAUGGGUGGUCUCAAAACUACAAAUGUAAAACACUCGUAAUUAUGUAUCAAGAGUUUGUAGAAAUGAGACACACCUUUUAAAUAAAGAUUAUUUUGAGAAAACUUAUUUUAGUGAGAUGCACAGAGAAUAAAAGUAUUGACUUGACUUGACAUACAAAAUGUACAUGUACUGUUCAUAAGGCUGUGUCCCAGUUGUAUUGACAUCAUAUGGAUUGUUAACAAUAUAGCCAAUCAAUAAGUACAAAGUGCGACAAAUAUGUACUAUUUAUUGAUAUGUUUUGUGCAUUUAUCAGUACUUUGCUCUAUUUAAUUAUUUGUAUCAUUAAAAGAAUUUAAUUUGUGUUGUAUGUACAGGCAUUUUAUAUUAUACCAUGUUCAGAAAAUUACAAAUAUGUUUAAGUUUCAAAUGUUUAAAAUCAUUUAAAAAUAAAAUUGUUCAAUGA